AUUUGGACAAGGGGAAGCACACCACCUGCACCGCCUGGCCUUGGUUUCCCAACGUCACAAGGCCUAACUUCCUGAAUUGUCUUGUACACCCGCCCGCCGUUGUGCAAAGCCAUUUCUCAUGGCUUCCCAGACCGACGGCCGUGAACGACGGCCAUCUGCAGCUGCGAGAUUUCCAACUGCCCCUUCAGUCAUGACGAUGAACGGCCAUUUUGCAGGAGUUGGUGAUGCGCCGACAAAGGAGCAGUACGAACAUGGCAUCCAGGUUAUUGAUGAAGAAAAGGAGUUCAAUCCUCAUCUCAACAUGUAUCUCCAACUCACCAAGAUUGCACAAUCUGGCUUCAACUACCACCUGAUAUCCGUUUUUGGCUCGCAGUCCACAGGGAAGUCGACUUUACUCAACCAUUUAUUCGGGACAGAUUUCGGGGUUAUGUCUGAGACUGAGCGGCGGCAGACCACUAAAGGGAUAUGGAUGUCAAAAAACAAACGCGAGCAUGCAGAAGGUCCGGAUUCUAAGAAGAUGGCCGAGAAUAUCCUAGUCAUGGAUGUGGAGGGGACUGAUGGUCGCGAGCGAGGAGAGGAUCAAGAUUUCGAAAGGAAGAGCGCCCUGUUCGCCCUGGCUACCAGUGAGGUUCUCAUUGUCAAUAUCUGGGAGCAUCAAGUUGGUCUAUACCAAGGUGCCAAUAUGGGACUUUUGAAAACAGUCUUUGAAGUCAACUUGCAACUGUUUUUGAAGGACAAGAAGUCCAAUCCACGAUCGCUCCUAUUCUUCGUCAUUCGCGACCAUCUUGGCACGACCCCUCUUGCAAACCUUCGCAAUACUCUGAUCGCCGAUUUGACAAACAUCUGGACCAGUCUUUCGAAACCAAAGGGACUAGAAAACUCCCGGAUAGAAGACUACUUUGAUUUUGGUUUCGCAGCAUUACCACAUAAAAUACUGCAACCAGACAAGUUCUUGACUGAGGUCGGGAAUUUGGGAACUAGGUUUAGAGCAGGCCACCGAACGUCGAAGGAACAUGGAUUUGAUGCCAACCACGAGCUGGAGGGUGGUAUUUUCUUACCCGAGUAUCACCGUCGAAUUCCUGCGGAUGGGUUCUCCGUGUAUGCGCAAGGUGUUUGGGAUCAGAUUGUUAGCAACAAGGACCUGGAUUUACCGACUCAACAAGAGCUUCUGGCGCAAUUUCGAUGCGAUGAGAUUUCAAGAGAAGUCUUGGAGGCUUUCGACGUUGCGAUACAGCCACUCGAGGAGAAACAAGCCGAGGGCGUUAGACUUGGGAAGCCGGCUGUGCUGAAGGCAUUGGGAGCAUCUGGAGCCGGGGCCCGUCUAAAGAGCAUCAAGGCUUUUGAAGUGGAGGCGAGCAGAUAUCACAAAGGCGUGUACGCCAGGAAACGGGUCGAGCUCGAGGGAAAGAUUGAUACUAGGCUGAAGGCACUGUAUAAUGGACAACUCUCGGCAGCUAAUAAGGCCGGUGUUGCAUCGUUCAGUGACGCUGUCUCUGCUGCGGUCAAGGCUGGCCAGAAGAAAGGAGCAUCUUACGAGUUUGCCGAGAUUGUGGAGCGAGAGAAGAAGGUUGCACUGGCACAAUUUGAAGCUGAGGCACGAAGUCUUGCCAUAGAAGGAGUGCCGUGGACCAACUUCAAGCAGCAAUAUGUUUUGUAUGAAAAAGACUUGAACGAAGUCAGCUCCCGGUUACGAAAAGAGGAGAUGCGAAGGCUUGCAACGCGAGUCGAAAGAUGGGUCCGUUCUAGGCUCGGCGACUCAGUUGGACUUGAAUUCAAUAAGUUGGGCUCGGGCCGUGGCGGGAGUGGUGCACCCGAAACAGGCGAGAAACCCGCAACUGAGAAAGACUUAUGGGAUCGGAUAUGGAACCUCUUUGUCGCCACGGUUCGGGAAGCAGAAACACGCUUUGUAGAAAGAGCCAAGAGUUUUGAUGCCGACCAAGAUGAGAUCGAUAUUGGGUUAUGGCGCCUGAGACGUAAGAGUUGGGGCGUUCUGAGGGCCAGGAUCGACGAAGAAGUUAUGGAAGGGAAUAUCUUGCUCAAACUUCGUGAGAAUUUCGAAGACAAGUUCCGAUAUGACGAGGCUGGCGUGCCCAGAAUUUGGAGGCCAACCGACGAUAUUGAGGGAAUGUACACGAAAGCAAAGGAGUCCACACUUACUCUCAUCCCAUUGUUGUCUAGAUUUAGACUAGCGGAGACGUAUGGACCCCCAGAUCUCCCAGAGUGGAUCGGCAAUGCACCCACGAGCGUCGAUCCCAAGGAUGAAGAAGAUCUCACCCCAAUUGGCGGAGUGGAUGAAGAGGAGGGCAAGAGCCUUGAAGAGGAGAUGACAAUACUUGGUGAAGCCAAACGUCAAGAUCUCGUCGUGAGAUUCAAAAAGACUGCCGAUGGCGUUUACGUGGAAGCCAAGCGCAGUGCCAUUGGUGGCGUUGCUCAAGUUCCACUCUAUUUCUAUGGCCUACUUUUGGCACUAGGGUGGAACGAAAUCGUGGCUGUCCUUCGCAAUCCAGUCUACUUUAUCUUCCUCAUCCUUCUCGGUGUUGCCGCCUACGUAACCUACACUCUCAACCUUUGGGGUCCCAUGCUCCGCAUGGCGAACGCAGCAUCCGCCCAAGCAGUCGAGAUCGGUAAGGAGAAACUCCGCGAGUUCUUGGAAAGCUCGGAUACCGGCCGUCAGGCGCUAGCUAUGAAGGGCAGAUAUGACGACGAUGAUGCCAUCAGUCUCAACACUCUGGAUAGCCGGGGCAAGAAGAAGGCUUCCGUCGACGACGAGGACGAUGAUGAUGACAUCUAGGUCACGAGGACUCACUUGACUUUCUGGAUUUCUUGCUGUAGAUUUAGAUUCGGGAAGGCAUAGGUUCCUUAGUGGGGAUAAGAUGGCAUGGCCUCUCUCCAAACGGCCACAGCCAGGCGUGUAAUUUAGGGUAGGGUAGGGGCGAUUGGCGGUGUAAUGAUCUAUGAACGAUGAAAUAUAACCAGUUCAUCCACACUUCCUGUACAGCGACUAUAAUAGCGCGAGGAAAUCAUCAUAUCUAUACAUGUGGGUGCAAAGCCAUCCUGAAACCAUAUCCAACCCAAAUACUCCGUUCCAAUGCAUUAUUCCCUUCCAUAGCAAACCACUUAGAAGACUUCCGCUCCGACCGGCCCUCCAAACCAAUGCCCCAGCUCAUCACCCCCUUCUUUCUCCUUCCCUGCACUAAAAUAAUCCGUCAAACGACUCGUCUCAUCAUCCUCAUCAACCGGCCAAUCCACCUUGGCCGCCGCACCUUUAGCAUCUAACAUAUCUUUCGCCGUCCCCCAACUAAAUCGACACUCUGGGCCCCACCCAAAUACAGGAUCCAUAUUCCGUUUCAGCCAGGACGUACAGCGUGCAUCUGAAGGAUAUCCAGAACCCCAUGAAGCUUCUUCUGCAGCUUUCGCCGACUUCGUCCCCGACAUCUCCUCAUCUUCACCGCCCUCCUCCUCAUUCUCAGCAUAGCUCUCAUACAAGACCUCCAAACACGCAUCCCUCGUGACCUUCGCACAAACACUCGCCGCGCUCACACACGGGUACAAGCUAUCCGCCUUCUUCGCAACCGUAACCUUCGCGGUGGGAAACACCCUCUCCAACCUCUUCUGAUACGGUGCAGGCUGUCCAAUCGUAUCGAUAUAAAUCUCCUUCACGUUAACGCCACGCUCAUACACUCCUUUGAUUAAUGAAAUCGUCGCAUCCAUUGCUUGUGCGUUGAGAUUGUAGGUCGCCGAGGGCUUCAUCAUGUUUGCGCCGAUGUCGCGCGCGGACAUGACUUCGACGGCCCAGCCGCAUUGUGUGUGGAGGUCUGUGUCUGGAGUGCAGAGUUUCUCCAUGAGGGAGGAGCGCACGUUGGGGGUGAGAACUUUGCUGUCGUCGAAGUGGUGGGUGUUGCGUAGGAGGGGGUCGGACAGUGGGAGGGGUAGGUAGAAGAGUCCAUAGACCAUAGGACCCAGGACUGGACCGCGGCCAGCUUCGUCGACGCCGAGAGCGCAGGGAGGGCCGGGCUCUGCUUUUUCUGAUGUGGGUUCUGAGGGGGAUGAGGGUGGUGGGAGGAGAGACGGUGGAACGGGUGAGAAGUGUGUGUAGGAUGCGCCGUCGAAGAGGAGGGAUGGAUUUAUGGAUGGAGCGAUGAAUACUUCUGCUGCGGGCGUCUCCAGCGUGAUAUCAUCUUCCAUUUGGGAGUCUGCCAUUUUUGAGGUGUUGUUGUGGUAUAAUUGUGAGGUAUUCGGUAAGUGAAGUGAAGAUGUAAAGUUGUAAAGUUUGAGGUUGACGCGCUCAGGUACGGGAGACGCGACGUGAUUAAUUGGACCCACCUCGCUUAAUGCUGCGCCUUUAUUUUGAUACUACCAUCUGCAGACGAAAGUCAACAUUGAGAAGCACACGCUCGUAUUGAAAGGUCAUCCACGUAUCGUAUUGCACUCUUAUACGAGACAAUAAAUGAAAAGAGACAUAUCACAACUCAAUACCCAAAAGCUUCAAGGUGCAAAGCAACCUCCUGAAUCUCUCCUCUAGAUCUCAUCACCUUCUUCUGAGCCUUGGAACACGCAUUCGCUAUGUCUUAUCUCAUACCUGGCGAUCCACAUCCAAACACAAAUUCUUGCCUUUUGUGAUCUCUUCUGCUAUCAGAGCACCGAUAGAUGGCCGACCAGUCGCAAACUGCAUCGAGUGUGUUGCUUGUUGUAGUUCGGAUCAUCGAUAGCAUGUUCAUUUUUCGUUCUAUCCUCAGUGGCCCCAGUCAUAAAUCGAAAGAACGAACGGUGCAAAACGAGAGAUACUGGAAACUCACCUCAUGAGGGGGAAGUCUGGCAGCAAGAAGUCUAUUCUUAGGAUUGAGGGAUCCAAAUUCGGCUCCCAACCAUGUGUGUUCAGAGGGGCAGGUUCAAAUUCAGAACCCAUGCCUAGUUUCCAGUCUACCCGUUGGCCAUCAAUACAAGAGAGUCCUCCAAGGCAACCAUAAACGACAUAGUGCACUGAAGUCAAUUCUGCCCCAAAUUGAUGCUAAAACGGAUGUCAAAAUGACUAAACGUAACGACGAGGCUAUUAAAGGAAGUAUCUUGAAUUGAAAUAAUCUCCGUCUCCAGCUUUUCGUCGAACCGUAGCUUCUAGAUGCAGAACGAAAGAUUUAGAAUCAGAAAUUGCAAGGCAGGAAUGGUGCACUGAGAGAAAAGGAGGGAGAACUGUUGUUCCAUUGUGAAGCCAACUCUGCCUUAAGGGCGUGCUGCUGCUGGCUGACACGUACAAUAUCAUAACCAUUCCCCUCUCUCGUCAACUGACGAAUGGGCGGUGGCAAGCUGAUACUCAGCAAAAUUUGCCAAAUCAUGAACGGCAGGCAAAGAGCUUUUACCUAACGUUUCCUGUGGGUCUUUCGUGUAUCGGCAAUAAUGACUGGCGGUUGGGUCCGGCGAGUCCUCCUAUGACCACGUAUAUUAGACUAAUCGGUAUCUUCACUCGACUCAAGUGAAACCGACGUGUCUUUCGACGAUUGCGGCGGAGUCAUGAUCCAUUGCUUGCAUUCACAUUAGAAAUCGUGGGAUCAUACACACUGUCCUCAGCGGAGAUCUGGACAGAGGAGUCACACCGAUGGGUGUCCUAGUAACUGAGCGGAGCGUAUACAUUGUCCACAGCGGGAAUUUGCAUAGGAGGGUCAUACUGGCUCUGAGCCCAGCACUCCGCGGGUGAUUGAUUGGUUGGGUCCUCUCCGUCUUCAUGAUUGUAACUGGAUUCAGCAGUCCCUUGUACACUUGAAGUGCCAGGAAGUCGAUGAUUUGCUGACCACUUCUCGUGC